AUGCAACUGGUCCAAAACUAUGGAUGCACACUGAAAUCAACCGAUCCCAAUUUCCUCACUUUGGAACAUUACGACUUUUCAUACAUUGAGAAUACAGUUUAUCGGCUGGCAAGCGAAGACACUAGCCUUGGACAUCAAGUCAAGAUCGCACUCAACGUUAUUGAAAAGGCCUAUGCAGAUUAUGGAUACGAAGCUAUUUCCUUAUCCUUCAACGGCGGCAAAGAUUGUACAGUGCUUCUUCACCUUGUUAUUGCAGCGUUAUCUCGUAUGGGUCAUGCCAAUCGGCUCCGCACUGUUUUUGUCACCUAUCCCAACCCAUUUCCUCACGUGGAUGCAUUUGUCCAAGUAUGCACACGACGAUAUCAUCUCGAUUGUCAAACGAUUCCAGGUCCCAUGAAAUCCGCAUUGCAAAAGUUUCUCGACGUUUCCGAGCCAAAGCCAAAGGCGAUUUUCGUUGGUAUACGACGUACGGAUCCUUAUGCUGAGAAAUUGACGCACUUUGACAUGACGGACAAGGGCUGGCCCCAAUUUAUGCGUGUACAACCCAUCAUUGACUGGUCAUACAAGAACGUCUGGGACUUUUUGUUAACGUUAAGGAUACCAUACUGCUCAUUGUAUGAUGAAGGAUACACAUCCCUUGGCAGUAUGAACAACACAUUCCCGAAUCCGGAUCUCAAAGCAGAGGAUGGAGGCUAUUUGCCAGCUUACAAGUUGCAGAAUGAAUUCCAUGAACGUUGUGGUAGAUCUUAG